AUGGGUCAGCUUUAUUAUCCUCCAUAUGAUCCACAACUGUUAUACAAUAAUAGAUAUCCGUUUUAUAAUUAUGCAAAUCAAUUAGGAUCACCAUUCAGUUACCAACCAAACUCAAUGCGUUCAGUAUUACAGGGUUUAUUAUCGUGCGAUGAUACAAUGCCAAUUCCCUAUGGAUCUCGAGUAACAAUAUCGCUAGAGGAUGUUUCAUAUAUCGAUGCACCACCUCGAGCUGUCAAUCAGGUGUAUAUGUAUGGUUCAUAUCGCUUUCCCAUUGCUUAUGAAUUAUCUUAUGAAAAUACUCAGAUAAAUCCUUAUAAUCAAUACAGUAUGAAUGUUCGUAUAGAAAAAGAUGGUAAUUUAUUGUACGUGAAUGAUGGUUACACGAGUGUCAAACUGACGCCAACACCUGUUAAGAGGCGAAUUAAUAUAACUUUGAAGAAACUUGGUACAUCAGCAUCUGUAAAUAAUGUCAAUUCUUCUCAAUGUGAACAAUCUGUAGAUGUUGGACUUUGUAAAGCUAGUAUUCUCCAAUGGUAUUUUAACAAUAAUAAUCGUUCGUGUUCGACUUUUUAUUGGGGCGGCUGUGGCGGUAACUCUAAUCGCUUUCGAACAAAACACGAUUGCGAGAAACAAUGUUCCCUUUUUUGAGAUCACGUUUUUGUGAUCACGUUUUUGUUGCUGUAUGAUAGUAUUUACGAAAUAAAAUAGAAAUAUGUACAUGGAAUCAAAUUUACUUUCUUUUUCUUACUGGCUUGACGAAAGUCAGAAUCUUACGAAAUAACAGUCUGGUCACAUAGAAACGUAAGGUGCCCGCAAUUCAAAAAUGCAGCACUAUCUUAACUUUCGGUCGAAAGCUACAUAUUCAGAUACUCCUGAAUGCGCUGAUUCCGAAUAUCACCUUUUUAUUCGAAUUUGAUCAAGUUUUUGUGGAGAAAUUCUCAAAAUACUAAGAACACCGAGA